UCACACUCAAACCAACAGCAACAAUUGCAUUGCGUAGAAAAAUAAAGUGCUUAAACGUAUAAAAUUUCUGCAAAUAUUUGAUUGGCAAUUAACUUGCGCGCCAAUAACAACAAAUCAACCAUAACACAAGCGAAAAACCCAUAUAAUUGUUGUCUCAACUGUGUAUGUGUGUGUAUUUGCUUUGUUCUAUACAGAACCUGUGAGUGUGACUCCGAGUGUGAGUGUGUUUGUGCGGGUGCGUGAGUGCGUGCGUGUGUGUGUGUGUGUGUGUGUGCGUUUGUGCGCGUGCCGUAACGUGAAAUGGCAAAGAAAACAUACGAUUUACUUUUUAAACUUCUACUAAUUGGCGAUUCCGGCGUUGGAAAAACCUGCAUACUAUUCCGCUUUUCGGAUGAUGCAUUCACAUCAACAUUUAUAUCAACCAUAGGAAUCGAUUUCAAAAUUAAAACAGUCGAACUGAGAGGCAAAAAAAUUAAAUUACAAAUAUGGGACACUGCCGGCCAGGAGAGAUUUCACACAAUUACCACAUCCUACUACCGUGGCGCGAUGGGCAUAAUGCUCGUCUAUGAUAUAACGAACGAGAAAAGUUUCGAGAACAUAGUCAAAUGGUUACGGAACAUUGACGAGCAUGCAAAUGAGGAUGUGGAGAAGAUGAUAUUGGGCAAUAAGUGCGAUAUGGGGGACAAGCGAGUGGUCAGCAAAGAGCGCGGCGAGGCGAUUGCCCGGGAGCAUGGUAUACGGUUUAUGGAAACAUCCGCCAAAUCAAAUAUAAACAUUGAGCGCGCAUUUUGUGAACUUGCCGAGGCCAUAUUGGAUAAAACAUCUGGACGCGAAUCGGCCGAGAAUCCCGAAAGGGUGGUCAUUGAUCGCGCCAAUAGCGACAAGGCGCCGGGCUACAACAAGUGUUGUGCGUAAUGGGGUUAUGACACUUGUUAGUUUAACGUUCACGGUUGGUUUUGUGAUCUACAUACAUACAUGCAUACAUGCAGAACAUACAUACAUACAUACAUAUAUAUCUAUAUGUAUAUACACAUAUAUACAUAUAUAUAACAAUCUUGGCAAGAACCUAGUGCUUUUCUUCAAUGUGCGUGUGCGUGCGUGUGUGUGUGUGUGUGUUUUUUGUAACUUUUUUAUAGGUCCUUUAAUAUUACUAUAUGAACAAAAAAAAAAACUUAAGAAAAAAAAACAAAAAACCAAAAUGCGUUUUCUACUGGGUGGCAACCCUACCAUUUAAAAAUCGGAAUGCCAAUUUAAACGGUACUCCAACACGACCCGUCUCCCUCCCACAAAUGACAUUUCCUAUGCUGCGCAAAAAAAAAAAAACAACCAUCUUUGGGCAAAACUAACAAGUGUCAUAACCCCACAAAGGGCGGGACUGCAGUAAAUAACUGUAACCGAAAGCAAUAAACAUAGACUCACACACAUACAUACACACUUAUGGCAGUAACAACCAAGAAACAACCUACCUAAAGUUUAAUAUUUUAUAAUGUUAUUUGGAGUAAAUUUACAACAACAACAACAAAAUACACACAACAAACAAACACACAGCGUACGUUAGUUAACGCACAAGGAAACGAACCAAGCGGAAAACGAAACAGCUGCAAAUUGAGGAACAACAACAAAAAAAAAAAACUUAAAAUGCAUUUUGCGUGUCACGAGCAUUUGUGGCAUGCGGGCCCUACUUAGCUAACGUGGAACAGACGGAACUGAAACGGACGCACAUGCGACUUAAACUCUCUCACUCACACACACACACACACACAUACACUUGAAAUGUAUUUGUAUAUGUAUAUGGUAAUUACUUAAAUACCACAAAUCACUUAAAAAAUAUACCAACUAUUUAUGUACGCGUUUUUUACAACCUCUCUCUUUCUGGCUGCAGCCGCACGUAAGCCUGAAAACUUGACGAAACAUGUGACCAUGUUUUGAAUUUUUUUUUUUUUUUUUUGAAUACAUAUACAUAUGCAUAAGCACACUCAACAGACACACACACAUGCAUGCAUACAAAUGUAUUGGUAAAUUCUUUUUGUUUUGGCUACCUGCUUGGCGUUUAACCGUUAGUUAGCUUAGCUUAAAAUUGCCGUUUUGUUAGGGAAUGGAAAGAAGCAGCAGAACGCGCGAGCAUAGAAACGAGCUGCAUAUUAAAAUGAUAUCGUAUUGUAUGUUUAAAUGUAAUUAUGUUAACAACAGCUGAUUGCAAAAGAAAAAGCGAAAUAAACAAAUUGGCCAACGGGGCGUGUCUAUGAGAACUUUUCUUAGCCUUGGCCAAUGCGCCGCCGCCUACCAUAUAUAUAAACAUAUAUACAUAACUAUAAACUAUAUAUAUAUAUAUAUAUAUAUUUUUUUUCGUAAUACUUAUUAUUUGUAAAUGUAUAUGGAUUUAGCGUAGUUGUCCACACCAAAUGAUUUAAUGAUUAAAUAUAAAGAACAAUUUAAAGCGUCAUCUAAUCCAAUAAAAAAAACAACAACAACAAA